AUGCCGUCCAAGUCGGCGUGCCUGCGCCCCGGCGAGCGGCCGGGGCCCACGGACGAGGCGACGCCCCCGGGACGGCUCCUGAGCGCACGCCAGGGCCCGGCCGGCUCGGGCGCCCCGGCCGCGCCUCUCGGUCAGGGCUCGGAGGAGAGCCCCGCGCCCCCCCUCGGCGUGCCAGCCCCCGCCGGCAGCCAGGACCCCCAAGCAGAGGCGAAGCCCGUCACCCCGCAGCCCCCCAUGAAGCCCCGCCUGGAGCGAGCCCUGUCUCUCGAUGACAAGGCCUGGAGGAGGAGGCGUUUCCCCACCAGCCAGGAGGACCUGUCGGCCGCGGAGCGGGACGGCGCCAGCCCGAGCGCGGGCUCCCCGCACCAGGCCCAGGGCCCGGCCGCCGCGGCCGCCCAGGGCCACCCUGCGCCCUGCCUGGGCCCGUCUUUGCAGGAGGUCCCGAAAGCCCGCAGGGCUAUGGGCAGCGAGGGGGGGAGUCCACCCGGGUGGAGUAACCGUCUCUCUGGAGUGGCCAGCACCUCCCUAGAUCCCCUGCACAGGGAGGCCCUGCCAACUGGAAGCUCCCCGCCGCCCCCCGGCCUGCGGCCCCCACGCUCAGCGCCCGCGUCCGACCACCGCGCGGCCUCCGACCCUGCGAGCGCAGCAAAUGAGGUUGACUCAGAGCAUGCUGACCGCAAGCCGCGGGCACAAAGCAAGCUGGUCCGGGCCCACAGCAGCCUGGGCACUUGCCGACCCCGGAGCCCCCUGGCCUCUGACGACCACCCGCUCCACGCCGCCCGAUCCUCCUUCAGCCUCCUGGCACCCAUCCGCACCAAGGACAUUCGGAGCAGGAGCUAUCUGGAGGGGAGUCUCCUGGCCAGCGGGGCCCUGCUGGGGGCAGAUGAGCUGGCUAGGUACUUCCCAGACCGGAAUGUGGCCCUAUUUGUGGCCACCUGGAACAUGCAGGGCCAGAAGGAGCUCCCAGUGAGCCUGGACGAAUUCCUGCUGCCCAGCGAGGCCGACUACACCCAGGACCUGUACGUCAUCGGGGUCCAGGAAGGCUGUUCCGACAGGCGGGAGUGGGAGACGCGCCUGCAGGAGACGCUGGGCCCCCGGUACGUGCUGCUGUCCUCCGCCGCGCACGGGGUGCUGUACAUGUCCCUGUUCAUCCGCAGGGACCUCAUCUGGUUCUGCUCGGAGGUGGAAUGCUCCACUGUGACCACUCGGAUCGUGUCUCAGAUCAAGACCAAGGGAGCCCUGGGCCUCAGCUUCACCUUCUUCGGCACCUCCUUCCUCUUCAUCACCUCUCACUUCACCUCCGGAGACGGAAAGGUGGCCGAGAGGCUAAUGGACUACGCCAGGACCAUCCAGGCCUUGGCCCUGCCCAGGACUGUACCAGACACCAACCCCUACCGCUCCAGCGCAGCGGAUGUCACCACCCGGUUCGAUGAGGUGUUCUGGUUUGGAGACUUCAACUUCCGCCUGAGCGGAGGGCGCCGGGCGGUGGAGGCCAUCCUGAAGCAGGACCUGGAGGUGGACGUGCCAGCCCUGCUGCGGCAUGACCAGCUCACCCGGGAGAUGAAGAAAGGGUCCAUCUUCAAGGGCUUCCAGGAGCCCGAUAUCCACUUCCUCCCGUCAUACAAGUUUGAUAUUGGGAAGGAUACUUACGACAGCACCUCCAAACAGAGAACCCCCUCCUACACGGACCGAGUCUUGUAUAGAAGCCGCCACAAGGGGGACAUUUGUCCCUUAAAGUACUCUUCCUGCCUUGGCAUCAAGACAUCUGACCACCGCCCUGUGUACGGCCUGUUCCGGGUCAAAGUGAGGCCAGGACGGGACAACAUCCCACUAGCUGCCGGCAAGUUUGACCGAGAACUGUACUUGAUAGGAAUUAAAAGACGGAUUUCAAAAGAGAUGCAGAAACAGCAAGUGCUGAAGAACCAGAGCUCCAGCACUGUCUGUACUGUUUCCUGAAGUCGCUCUCUGGAGACGGGUCAUGGCAGCCCAGGCGAAUGUUGGAGCACAGGCCGCUGCAAAGGCAGAAGUUUGCUCUUGGGCAACUCCUGCCCCUUUGGGAGUCCUGUCCUGCUUCCUCACAAGCAGCAGCAGUGAUGGGCAGCUGGGGGGGGGGGGGGGGCUGUCGUGGGGCAGAAGCGGCCUUCCUCUAGCUGGGUGAGCGGUUCUCAUUUGGCACGUCCCCGUGGGUGCAUGGCAGGCCUUUGCCUCCAGGGGGCGCCCCUCAACCCCCACACAGCUGUGGACCGAACGAGGUGCCUCCCCUCAUGCCCACUAGUGCCAGAAGCCUCUCCUCCGUUCACUCACACCCCAAACCAGAGCCCUAGUUUCUAGGUGUCCACAGAGAACCCUCACAUGGGCACACAGGCAUCCGGGUCAGGGCUGGGCAUCUCCUGGACACUCAGACCCUAGCUGCCACGAACCCUGCCACCAGAGACCAAAGCUAGACACUUGAGGAUGUGGCCUGGCAUCCCUCUGCUAGGCUGUCUCAGGGCUCCGACCCCCCCCCCCCCAGGCCAAGCCCGGCCUUGUGAAACUCGAGUUCUAUGGAUUGCGACCAUCUGCUUUAGUGACAGCAGCCACAGAACGGGACCACACCCUAAGUCAGACAGCUCCACC